AUGGCCAAAUAUGGCUUUAAAUGGUGGCAUUUUUUUAAUCGAACGAAAUCAAUGAAACCAAACGAUAGGAAUAAUCGAGAAGAGGAAUGUCGUAAUAAUUUGAUUGAAUCAUUUGUAGAACAUCAUUUAACGGUCGAACAAAUUAAAGAUAUUUAUAUUGAUUCCAAUAUUCAUUCAGAAUAUCCGGAACAAAGUGAUGGAUUAAGCUCCAUUGAAGCACGUAAACGUUUACGUGAUGGUGGCGCUAAUAUCAUCGAAUGUUCACGUAAAAUCAACAACGUGAAAUUAUUUUUACGUCAAUUUUUGUAUCGAUUAUGGUUGUUACUUAUUGGUGCUGCAAUUCUUAGUUUGGCAACUUAUAUAAUUCAUUUAAUGCAUGGUAAUAAUGAACCCAUUAAUCUUUAUUGUACAAUUAUUCUUAUUUCAAUCGUCAUUCUGAUGUGUUUUGUAACAUUUUAUCAAGAAAAACAAACACUUCGAGUUACAAGUGAUUUAAAAGCAAUUCUUCCAACAUCUUGCAUUGUUAUCCGUGAUAGUAAAAAGCAACAGAUACGAGAAGAGGAGUUAGUUACCGGUGAUUUGGUUAUAAUAACCGCUGGUGCUAUUGUACCUGCUGAUAUGCGCAUUUUGCAAUCAAAUGGUUUAAUGAUUGAAACAUCAGCUGUAACAGGUGAUAAGGAAAUUUAUGAUUAUACACAUGAAGUUGUUACUGCAACAUAUUCAUCAGUAUUUGAAGCACGAAAUGUUGCAUUUAAAGGAUCAUUUUGUGUUGAAGGUGAUGGAAUAGGAAUUGUUGUGCGAACUGGAAAAUAUACGGUUCUUGGCUAUAUUAUAAAUAUUCAUCAACAGGUGUGCAGCACACGAAGCAAAUUAAAAACGGAAAUUGAUGAAUUUGUCAAUUUCAUAUCAAUUUUAGCUUUAAUUAUGGCAACAGCAUUCUUUUUGUUUGGUAGUAUCAGAAAUAACUUUCAAAAUGUUUUGGAUCAUUUUAUUAUUGGUUUCUUGAUUAUCAUCGUAGCAAACGUACCACAAGGUUUACCAGCAAUGGUUAUAUCACAAUUGGCAAUUAUUGGUAGACGAUUAGCUAGUAAGAAUGUUUAUGUAAAAAAAUUGGAUAUUAUUAAUGAGCUUGGUGCUACAACUGUAGUUGCAACAGACAAAACUGGUACUCUUACACAGAAUGUGAUGGUACUCACAGAUUUAUGGUACAGUCGAAAACAUCAAACAAAUCAUAAUUAUAUGAAUAAUCAAUCUGUUCUUAAUGUAAAUUAUCCAAAACCGGUAUAUGAUGAUCAACCGUUAUCGGAUAUGUUUGUCGUAAUGAGUGUUUGCAAUAGAGCACAUUUCGAAUGUAUUCAUAAAUCAAGACAUUCACCGGAAAAAAAUGCUUCAUCGAAGGUUUCAACAAAUAUGAUAAAUAUGGGUCGAAUCAGCAAACGAUUUACUGUCCUAAAUUCUGUUACUGGGAAGCCAUCAACGACAUUUGCAAUGCAAAAUAAUGUUGAAGAAAAAGAUAUUUCCAAUAUUGAUAAUACUGAGGAGACUAAUGAAGUUCAGAUAUUAGAGGUCAAGCGUCAACAAGAGAAUAAUGUAUUUGCACAUGAUCAUAUUUAUGGUUCACCAUCAGAUGUUGCAUUACUUCGUUAUGUGGAAAUGUUUUCAUCAGUGGAGAAAAUUCGAAUGAAUUAUAUUACAGUUCUUGAUAUGCCAUUUAAUUCGGUUCGUCGAUAUCAUUUAGUGAUAGCACGUGAUGUUACGAAAUUGUCGAAAAUGGAAAAAGAUGAGGAAAUAAUGAAUGAAUCAAAUGAUGGUGCUAUUUUUGUAAUGAUGAUUAAAGGUGCACCAGAAGUUGUCCUAAAAUAUUGUACUCAUUUACGUGUUGAUAACGAAUGUUUACUAAUUGAUCAAAAACUUCGUCAAGAGUGUCAGGUAGCCUGGGAAAAUUUUGGAAAUGAAGGAAAACGAGUUUUUGCAUUAGCUAUGAAGCGUUUUUUUAGCAAUGAUGCAAAUGCUAAAUUUACAUCAUCUGAUAUCAUAUUGGAAAAUUUAACAUUUUUAGGAAUGACAGCGUUAAUUGAUCCACCGCGGGAUGAUGCAGCAAAUGCAAUAAAGCAAUGCAAAGAAGCUGGCAUUAAAGUUUAUAUGAUUACAGGUGAUCAUCCGACAACUGCGGUAGCCGUAGCUCGAAAAAUUGGUCUUAUUAGUAUCGGUGAUGAGAUGGUGGAGACAAGUGGUCGUGAUCAUUUAAAAUUAAGUGUAGUUGGUGCUAAACAAUUAAAUUGGGGUAUUGCAGUAGGCGAUGAUUUAGAUCGUUUGGAUGAAUAUGGCUGGAAUGAAUUACUCAAAAAGAAAUAUAUCGUUUUUGCAAGGAUAAAUCCGCAUCAAAAAUUUCGUAUUAUUGAAGAAUGUCAAAAACGCGGUGAAAUAGUAGCUGUCACUGGUCAAGGUGUUAGCGAUACAGAAGCUCUUGCAUGCGCUAAUAUCGGUAUUGCUAUGGGUAUUACAGGUAGUGAUAUAGCAAAGCAGACAGCAGAUAUCAUUCUUACAGAUGAUAAUUUUGCAUCAAUUGUCAAAGGUAUUGAAGAAGGACGUUUGUUAUUUGACAAUUUACGCCUUUCAAUUGCAUAUACAUUAGCUCAUCUUUGGCCCGAAAUAUUUCCAGUUGUCUUACAAUUUACGCUUGGUUUACCAUUAGGAUUAUCAGCUUUACAGAUUUUAAGUAUUGAUUUAGCAAGUGAAUUACCGCCAUCGAUCUCGUUAGCAUAUCAAUCACCGGAAAGUGAUAUAAUGCGAAUUCCUCCACGGCAUCAUAAUGAUCGCUUGGUAUCUCGAUCUCUUCUCAUUUAUUCAUAUGCUUUUAUUGGUACAAUCAUUACGGUUGGAUGUAUUGUAUCGUUUCUUCUUGUUUAUCG